GGGAAGUCAUGUGGAUAGAUGCUUCUACGGGUUGCUUCUGUGAAGCUAAUGUUAGUGCAAUCUGCGAUCAUUGGGACGUCCCUACUCUAAACCCAUAUACCCUAACUAUAACCUAAUCCUACCAUUUUAAAUGUAAUCUUCCCAACGAUUCCAGAUUGCACCAACCGCGAUACUAAUAAUACAUAUGGCUAGUAUUCAAAGUUUGUAGUUACCACUUCCGGGUCUUUUGCGUCCUUAGAUACCACCCCGAAAGAAAAACAUCACCACGCCUGCCUACACAGCUAUCAGAGCACCCAUGGAUAUUACGAGAGGCAGUUUAGAUGAUAUCUACCGCCCGGCAUCCAACGAGCGUUCUCGCCCGGGUAGCCGUGUAUCAACUGUGUCACUGCCUGACGUCGGGAGAGUUUUUCAUCCCAGCCCGACGUCCCUGGUGGUCCUGAGCGAUGAUGCCCCUAACAAUAAGCUGGAUCACAGCAACUCACAUGAAAACCUCAAGUCUCCAGAUGAAAGUCUUCCUGAGAAAGAUCACUCCAUUGGCGAUGUAUCUGAUGAGGAGAACGAAGAUCCAGAACUCCAGAAGGCCAUCAAGAAAAUGAAAAUACUUGACAAAAUCUUGGCUUCAAGGAUCUCAAAUGAAAAAGAGGUCAAGAGAAAAGGAAAGGAGCUCCAUCAGAAACUAUGGCAGGAACUAUUGCAGAUAAAGCCCAACAGAUCUUCAGAAUGGGCAGAUGAAGCAGAAAAUACAAGGAUGUUUUUGGCACUGGCUCCUUCCAGUGCUCACGGAUCCAGUGAAGAAUUGGACUUUGCUCCUGUGUUUGGGACUCAAGUGCCUGACAAAGAGUAUGAAAGACACAACAGACAAGUGGAGGAAAGUGAAAAGGACCUCAACACCACAGCAGCAGACUUGGCUGAAGUGGGUCACGAAGAGAGGGCAGACGAGUCAGAAGGCAGCCAGAGUGGGGUUCCCAGGGGCAAAAAUAAACAAGACUUUGUGAAGAAAAAUAUUGAGUUGGCGAGUGGUGUUGGAGGCCCAGUGCAGAUGACACAGGAGGAGAAGUAUCGUCUCGAGGAGCUCCUCAGAGACACGGAGGAAGGGGACAAUGCUGGGAAGGCAGGCUGUGAGGGAGACAUGUGGGCUGCUCCAGUGCAAGCGGGUGAGGGUUACACCCCCGAACCUACAGAACGAGACCAGCUAAUUCACAUUGACUCCAGACUGCAGCUUCUCCUUCCUGUUGAAGACUUCCUGUCUGUGCGAAGCCCCUACCCUGACCACAGUCUGCCCCAGGCCCAGGAUCUGGAGGCUGGCUGGGACAGGUUGCCAGGAGAGAAGGUCCUGCAGGAUAUAAGGGAGAAGAGAGGGCAGGAGAGGCGCCUCCAAGAGAUCCAGCUGCAGCUAGAGCUGCUGGGCCAGGGCCAAGAAAUGACUUUUGACAAACCAAUACUACUGGAGGAGCAGCUGAUGACUCUGUUGGAGGAGUAUGAGAUAUCACAGAGCUGGGGACAUGGUCUGGGGACAAGGGACACAUCACCCAGGGACAACUCUGAUACGGAGAGCCUGCCGGACAGCACACCCCGUCUCUCUGACUAUAUCCUGUCAGAGUUGCUUAGAGAUGCAUACACCACCAGCUUUAGCCAGUUGGACAAAGCCACCACUAUGUGUUCACCAUAGAGUAUUAACACAUACUGUAUGUGGGGUGUGACAAAUAUAGAAAUGUGUAUAUUUACUGUGCAUUCAGAAAGUAUUCAGACCCCUUGACUUUUUCCACAUUUUAUUACGUUACUGCCUUAUACUAAAAUGGAUGAAAUACAUGUUUUGCCUCAUCAAUCUCAUACAAUACCCCAUAAUGACAAAGCAAAAACAGAUUUUUAGAUUUUUUUCAUAUUUAUAUAUAUAUAAAAAAAACACAUUUACAUAAGUAUGCAGACCGUUUACUCAGUACUUUGUUGAAGCACCUUUGGCAGCAAUUACAGCCUUGAGUCUUCUAGGGUAUGACGCUACAAGUUUGGCACACCUGUAUUUGGGGAGUUUAUCCUAUUCUUCUCUGCAGAUCCUCUCAAGCUCUGUCAGGUUGGAUGGGGAAUGUUGCUGCACAGCUAUUUUCAGGUCAGAUGUUCGCUCGGGUUCAAGUCCAGGCUCUGGCUGGACCACCUAAGGACAUUCAGAGACUUGUCCCGAAGCCUCUCCUGCGUUGUCUUUGCUGUGUGCUUAGUGUCUUUGUCCUGUUGGAAGGUGAACCUUCGCCCCAGUCUGAGGUUCGGAGUGCUCUGGAGCAGGUUUUCAUCAAAGAUCUCUCUGUACCCUGGUCCUUUCAUCUUUCCCUCGAUCCUGACUAGUCUCCCAGUCCCUGCAGCUGAAAAACAUCCCCACAGCAUGAUGCUGCCACCACCAUGCUUCACCGUAGGAAUGGUGCCGGGUUUCCUCCAGACGUGACGCUUGGCAUUCAGGCCAAAGAGUUCAAUCAUCAGACCAGAGAAUCUUGUUUCUCAUGGUCUGAGAGUCCUUUAGGUGCCUCUUGGCAAACUCCAAUCAUGGCAUGUGUCUUUUACUGAGGCAUGGCUUCCGUCUGGCCACUCUACAAUAAAGGCCUGAGUGCUGCAGAGAUGGUUGUCCUAAUGGAAAGUUCUUCCAUAUCCACAGAGGAACUCUGGAGCUCUGUCAGAGUGACCAUCGGGUUCUUGGUCACCUCCCUGACCAAGGCCCUUCUCCCCGAUUGCUCAGUUUGACCGGGCGGACAGCUCUAGGAAGAGUCUUGGUGGUUCCAAACGUCUUCCAUUUAAGAAUGAUGGAGGCCACCGUGUUCUUGGGGACCUUCAAUGCUGCAUAACUAUUUUGGUACCCUUCCCUAGACCUGUGCCUCGACACAAUCCUGUCUCGGAGCUCUACGGACAAUUCCUUCGACCUCAUGGCUUGUUUUUUGUUCUGACCUGCACUGUCAACUGUGGGACCUUAUAUAGACAGGUAUGUGCCUUUCUAAAUCAUAUCCAAUAAAUUGAAUUUAACACAGGUGGACUCAAAGUUGUAGAAACUUCUCAAGGAUGAUUAAUGUAAACAGGAUGCACCUGUGCUCAAUUUCGAGUCUCAUAGCAAAGGGUCUGAAUAUCUACGUAAAUAAGAUAUUUCUUUAUUUUAUUUUCAUCUAAAAACAUGUUUUCGCUUUGUCAUUGGGCUAUUGUGUGUAGAUUGACGAGGGGGAAAACAACAUUUUAAUUAAUUUAAGAAUAAGGCUGUAACGUAACAAAAUGUGGAAAAAGGGAAGGGGUUUGAAUACUUUCCUAAUACGCUGUGUAUGGUUAUAUGGUGCUAACAACCAGGCCUGCGGUCAUGUCACCAGAAGGGCAGCAAUAUGGAUUUCUUCCAGACAGACUCUCCCACACCAACUAACACACAAUGACUGUAUGAAUCACUGAGUCUUGUUAAACUGUGUAGUGUAUAAUCAUAAGAAUAACUAUAUUAUACAAGUAUUUUGAUGUUUGUCAAGGCUUUAUAGAAUGUCUUUUGAUUUCCUAAAUGGAGUGAUACAUUAUGAAACUAUUAAACCUGUAACUAAUUUUUU